AUGCCUUUUGAAUCUAGAACUUCGUUUGCUCGUAGCUCUGGUUCUAAUUCUAAUCGUGACGAUGGCAACGAUGGAGAAUACGGUUCUAUUGAAGACAACAAGCCUAAACCACAGUUUAAAGAUGAAUGUUUCAGAAAGAUGGAAUUAAUGAUUGAAUUCACGAAUCUUCGUAACCCAAAACAUUGUCCAAAUGGUAUUUAUGUUAUGCCUUCUGCAGACAAUUUUCAUACUUGGUAUGGAGUUUUAUUUGUUCAUAAAGGAUAUUAUAAAAAUGGAGUUUUCAAGUUUAGACUUAACAUACCUGCUGAAUAUCCUUUUUUACAAACUUAUUCGGCAAAUUAUAUUUUUGAUCAUGCAAUUUUUACUCGUCCACCUUCAGUGACAUUUAUUUUUACCUUGAUCAAUAAUAUUGAUGGCUUGUUCCAUCCUCUUAUUGAUCCAAACGAUGGGCGUUUCUCCCUUUCUCAACAAUUCAAGGAUUGGGAGCCACAUAAAUAUUAUAUUUUUCAUGUGCUUCAUUAUAUCAAAAAGUCUUUUAAGAAGACUGUCUUGGACAAUUUGAUAGAAAGGCAUUGUCCGAAUAAGAAAGCUUUUACUACAUAUCAUCAUGAGAUACGUACGUUUUCUAUAUUGGCAAAGCAAUGUGCCGACUUAUCAAUUUCAAAGACUGUCCUUUACGAUAACAAUAUAGAAGCCAAUCCAAUUCAAUUCUCUGUCUUACCAGAUGAAAAACUAGAUGAAUUGAAGACCUUUAUCAGUCCACCGGAAACCGAAAAAGAAAGACCCAAUCACACGUCUCACAAGACCUAUUCUACGUCUUCAAUGUCAUCUAUUUUGCAUCCAUAG